AUGGAUGAUUCCUCUGGCACAUUCAAGGUUGAACCUUCAAGUCCUUACUACAUCAAUAAUUCAGAUCAUCCAGGUUUGAUAAUUGUACCAAAGCCUUUGAAUGGAGAUAAUUUUGCGACGUGGCGCAGAUUUAUGACUGUUUCAUUGAACGCAAAGAAUAAAUUGGGUUUCGUUGAUGGAACUCUCAAAAAUCCAUCAUUGGAAUCCAAUCCUGAUGAACACGCGGUGUGGAUGUGCUUUGCUGCCUAUUACACCAAGUUGAAAGGUCUUUGGGAUGAACUUGCUUCCUACACAGAUUCUUCUACCUGUACCUGUGUAGCCCAUGGUGAUCGCAACAAACUCAUGCAAUUCCUUAUGGGAUUGAAUGAGUCUUACAGUGCUGUUCGUGGCCAAAUUCUCUUGAUGAAUCCCUUGCCGUCUGUUAGGCAAGCAUAUGCCUCAAUUAGCCAAGAAGAAAAGCAACGCACGCUUGGAGCCUCACGAGCCGCUGUUGGAACCUCCGAUACUGCUGCCAUGGCUGUUAGAAUUGGACAUCCUAAUUAG